AUGUCGGCUAAUUCGAUAACACCUGUUAGAGAACAUCGUCGCAAGAGGGUCCGCAAGGGCACGAGAAGUUGCUGGGAGUGCAGACGGAGAAAGGUCAAGUGUAUAUAUCAAGCGGACGAUGAUCCUAUCUGUGUCGGCUGCCUAGACAAAGGCACCUCAUGUCUCAGCCAGGAGUUCGUCGAGGAUCAACCGGCACGCGAUGCGGAAACCUCGGCGCUAAGCCACCGAAUGGAAAGGGUUGAAAUUUUACUCGAGAAAUUCAUGCAAAAUGUUCCUCGGAGCACAGCAGAUAACUGUGUGGCCUAUGACCCAGGCGAUGUUUUCACUCCUUCAUCAACGUCAGCAACGAUGAGCCGCUCGCGGCCUUCCUUUGUAUCGACAUUCAACACCGCUCUAGGACAGCAGCCCGAGGUCAAUUCUUCUACCCCAUCACCACAAUCAGCCCCAGUCUCAGACUUCAGUGGCUCUGGGACUGCCGCGAAUGGAUCUCCGAUAGGAUCAAUCGGGAGGCUACAGCAGCGACUCGCUGCAAUGCUCCCUUGUCAAGAGGAUGUUGAUUUUCUCUCGGGCAUGAGCCACGGAUGGUGGCUAAUCCAGCGACAUAUGAUGCCGCACCUAGUGAAACCACCUGCACAUGACUCUGAAAACCCGUUUGAUGUCUUGGCUGUCUCAAAAAGUCACCCCAUGGUAAUUGCAAGACUUCUUCUUUGUGUGGCCAUUUGUAUUCAGCAGCUUCCACCCAAGGUCGACCUACGAAGGCUUCGGACCACAGUGUCACUUCAAGAAAUGAUGGAGAAUAUCAUCACCUUCAUCACCACAACGGUCACUUCUGAUGAUGAAAUGACUGGAAGUAUAGAAGGUGUUGAAUGCCUUGCACUUCAAGGAAUGUAUCAGACCAAUGCAGGUAGUCUCCGCAGGUCAUGGCUCACCUUCCGUCGAGCAAUUAAUGUGGCCCAACUUAUGGGUUUACACAGAGUGUCUUCAAAGGCAUCUCAGGCAGUCCCUGAUUUGGAGACAAAACGCCAGUAUAUAUGGUACCAAAUAAUGCAAGCGGAGCGUUAUCUCUCUCUUGUCCUCGGGGUACCAUCUGCUACAAACUCGGCAUCAACUCAUUUCAAUGACCAAGCCCCCUUUAUUUCAAUCGAAGACCUCUAUCAUCAACACCUCUGCCAUAUAUCGGGCCUCAUCCUCACUCGCAAUCAAAGUGACUCCACACACGCCUUUUCUGCUACUCAGGAAAUUGACGAAAAACUCGACUCGCUCGCAAAACAGAUGCCACAGGACUGGUGGGAAAUCCCUUCCGCCCCAAUAAACAGCCGCACAGAAGAGGCAGCCUCUCAAUUUGAACGAAUGAUGUGUCAAAUCUGGCAUUUUGAACUCGCAACACUACUCCAUCUACCUUUUAUGCUGCGCGCGGCCAGUGACCGACGAUACGAAUAUUCCCGAAUUUCCUGCUUGAGUGCAAGCAGAGGGUUAAUUAAGAGGUGGAUUUCCAUUCGUAGGGUUCCAGGAAAGACCCUAUUUAGCAAUCUUGUCGAAUUUCAAGCAUUCACGGCAGCCACAACGAUCCUCUUAGGUCUUCUGGGGUCUACACAUACGACCACUGAUCAAGUCGCCUUACAGGAACGAUACGAGGACCUGCAGCUUGUCGAGGCAGUAAUUCAGACCCUUGAACGGCUGAAGCAGCAUGGUACUGCCGUACACAUCGCCGACCAAAGUAUCACCAUCAUUCGAACCCUCCAGGGCGUCAUUCAAAAUAAAGACGACUCAUACAGCAGCUUCUGCCUCGAAAUUCCGCACUUCGGCACCAUCGCCAUUACGCGCAGCGGUGCUGUGCGAUCGAUCGAAGGAGAACGCAUUCUGGGCGCAACCCCAUAUCCAAGGGCAACAUCGAAAGGUGCGAACCCGCCGCUUAGAACGCGAGGAUUUGACUUGGUACAUCCAGAAACUACCAUGGGUCCUACAUGUGUGUCGAUGUCUGCCUCUGGAAGCCAAGGGAGUCGGAGCGCCAAUAUGGGUAGCGAGGUUGUGGAUGACAACGACAUGGGAGUGGAUAAUACUGUUUUGCAAUUCACGAGCUGUCACUUUCCAGCGCUUGAAGACUCGUCUAUGAAUGAUCUCACAGAAUGGUGUUUUCAAGAGAGUGAUACUAUAUGUUUUGACAGCUUACUUAAUACCGAUGUGGAAGGCAAUUGGAAUUUCUAG